CUUUUCGAACAACGCAAAUGCAUCGUGAGCUGGAUGCGGAAGACGACUAGACUGUGCGUGACGGCAAAAAUUUGACAGGAAAUUUGGAACCGAAAAACAUAUUUUGUUGUAAUUUGAGAAUCAAAACACGAUGCCGUCCAAGUUAAGUGACUACGAAGUAAUCUGCACCAUUGGUGUCGGUUCCUAUGGAAAAUGCAAGAAAAUUAAACGAAGAAGUGACGGCAAGAUCCUGGCCUGGAAGGAGAUCAACUAUGGCAGCAUGUCGGAGACAGAGAAGCAGAUGUUGGUGUCAGAGGUCAACCUACUGCGAGGACUCCGCCAUGAGUUCAUUGUGCGCUACUAUGACCGCAUCGUGGACCGGAACACGACGACCAUCUACAUCAUCAUGGAGUAUUGUGAGGGGGGUGACCUGGGGAGCCUUAUCUCACGUUGCAAGAGAGAGAGGAAAUACCUAGAGGAGGAGUUUGCCUGGAAAGUUCUCCGCCAAAUCACGCUGGCCCUGCACGAGUGCCAGCAGCGUGUCAAAGGUAGCGCAGUGCUCCACCGCGACCUCAAACCCGCCAACGUGUUCCUGGACGCCGCACACGAGGUCAAGCUUGGGGACUUUGGUCUCGCCAGAGUGCUGCAUCACGACACCAGCUUUGCCAAGACGUUUGUGGGGACUCCUUACUACAUGUCUCCUGAACUCAUGGACCAUUGUUCUUACAAUGAGAAAUCAGACAUGUGGUCCCUUGGCUGUCUCAUAUAUGAGCUUUGCUCAUUGAGUCCACCAUUCACAGCCAUCAAUCAGCAACACCUGGCAGUCAAGAUAAAGGAGGGAAAAUUCCGUCCCUUACCGUCGCCGUAUUCAGCAGAACUCCAGGAACUCAUUUCAAGAAUGCUGAAAAUUGACGCUGUCUUGAGACCAUCAAUUGAGGACAUCCUCAAGCAUUCCAGAAUCCUUGAGCUGUCUGCCCCAAAGAAAGACAGACGUUCCAGCCAGCCGGACGAAGCCUCGGCGAAUAAGAUCCAGGAGAGAUUAGAGACGGUUGAGAGACGGGAGGAGACACUGAAGCGACGCGAAGCGGCCGUGCAGCGGAGGGAGGACGCCAUCAGACUCCGGGAAAGACAGCUGGAAGAGCGGUCCCGGCUGCUGGACACCAAGGAAAAAUGCAUGGCUACCAGGGAAAAGCUAACCGAGGAGAAACUGCAAAGAGCUGAGACGCUAUUGACCCAAUACCAAGCCACCAGGUUACAGCUCAACGACAGAGUCAAGGAACUGCAAGUGGAAAAAGUCUAUCAAGACGACGUGCACCCAGCAUGCACUGGGACAACGCCCAAGCGAGUCCACUUUGCCCUGCAGGCCCCUGGAAAGGAGAACAAACCCCCCACAAAACCGACCGACCCUAGCCUGGUCUCCGAGAAGCGCCAAGAGGGAAAGGCCGCACAGCUGAAAGAGAGACUGUACAAGGCUAAGCUGAGGAGUCUGGCCCUGCAGAAAGAGGAACAGACCGCCAAGUACAAGAGCAAGCUGAUAAUGAACAUGAUGCGUUGAUCCACGCUUCAACUUCUUGACAUGCCGAUUGCAGUAUGUAGUGGACAUUCUGUCGAUGACAGCCUUGGCGAUUGCAGUGCUCCUGCAGAAAAGACUGGUGUUUGGAAUUUUUAAAAGGUUUUGUAGUUAUACAAAGCACUUGGUUACAGGAUGCUCAAGAAUUGUGAAAUUUUUGAGAAUGUGCAGUUUUGCAAAUGUCUUGUUUAUACUGCAUAUUGAAUAGGACUUGUUCGAACAGUGGAAUACCAAAGAACCUUUUUUCCAUAAAUUAGUCUGUUGUGAAAUUCUCUGGUCUUAUACAGAAAGAGCUUCACAAGUAAAGGCCGUUUUUGUUUUAAUUCUGGUAUACCUCUAGUGUUUUUUUUAAACCACAUUCCUUUUAGGCAAACAAGGGUCUUUUUAUGAAUGCAAAUGUACAACUAUAGGGAAGUAGAUUUUUGUGAAUGCCUAGGUCCAAAAACUUUGCAGUGUUUUUAAAACUUUGUCUGUUUCAAAUUACAAUUUUACAUUUAUAUGGACACUUUUUAUGUAAAUUGCAAGAUGAUAACUUGAAAUCAAACUAUUCAAAACUGAUUUUUUUUAGUCAGUCUGUACAUACAAUGUACAUGUAACCAAAUCCAAAAAAAAUCUGGGAAUGUCUGUAGUGCACCAAUCUACAUGUAUUUUUUGUUUUGCAGAAAAAGAGUCAUCUACCCAUUUGACACCAAAUUUUAAUCACUGUAUAUAAUCUUGUGUACCAUAAUCACUGAUCUGAUUCCAAUUUUAUCCAUUUUAGUGAUAACAAUUCAUGUUUACGUUAUCAAACUGAAAUGUUUUACUGAACUCCAAACUGUAUUUUAUUAGAUUAAAUGCACACUUCAACUCCAAACAAACAUUACAAUGAUUUGUAAGUACAUUCCGAUGAACAAAAAA